AUGGCGGAGGGCUUGGUGCACAGAAGCGAAGGAAAGAACCUUUGGAAGACAGGUCUUGAUUAUUUCAAGGAGUUAGUAUCGAGAUCGUUUUUUCAAGAAUCAAGCAGCAACAGUUUGCGGUUCUCGAUGCAUGAUCUUCUGAAUGACCUUGCAAAGUCAGUUGCUGGCCCGACGCACUUUAGCUUAUCAGGGAGCAAUGAGAGUAAUGCAUCUUCAGCUCGUCACGCAUCCUUCAUUUCGAGCUAUGGAAUUGCAUCUGAAAGACUUAAGGUGUAUCGCAGUAUGAAGCGGCUAAGAAGCUUCAUCUCAUUGCAACCACGACCAAAGAAGUUCGCGAUGUUGCAUUUGUCCCAAAGCGUGCUAGGUGACUUGCUGUCGGACUUGAAGUAUUUGAAGGUGUUUUCGUUGAGUCAUUACUGCAUCAGCGAGGUACCAGACUGUGUAGGUAAAUUGAGGCAUCUGCACUACCUUAAUUUAUCUUACGCUGAGAUUGAAAGCCUUCCCGAAUCCAUCGGUGAGCUGUUGAACCUAGAGGCUUUGAUAUUACGGGGUUGUCCAUACCUUGCUGGAUUGCCUCAAGGUGUCGAGAAUCUGAUCAAUUUACGAUUUCUUGACAUUAGAGAAACUCAGAGCCUACAAGCUAUGCCACGACGUAUAGGUAACUUGGUGAAUCUUGAGAUUUUGUCCAAGUUUAUCGUGGGAACAGAGAACGGGCGGAGGUUAAAGGAGUUAAAACGCCUCGAGCACCUGAGAGGGGAACUGUUAAUCUCUGAGUUGCAUAAGGUAAAAGACGCUGGAGAUGCUAGGGAUGCUAAUCUACACAUGAAGCGUGGGAUUGACCGGUUAAUCAUGAAGUGGAGCAAACAGGUAAAAGACGCUGGAGAUGCUAAGGAUGCUAUUGAACGCAUGAAGAAUGGAAUUGACCAGUUAAUCACGAAAUGGAGCAAACAGGCAAUAUACGCUACAGAUGCUAAGGAUGCUGUUCUAUGCAUGAAGCGUGAAAUUGACCGGUUAAUCACUGGAGAUGCUAAGGAUGCUAAUCUACGCAUGAAGCGUGGAAUUGACCAGUUAAUCAUGAAAUGGAGCAAACAGAUAGAAGACACUGGAGAUGCUAAGGAUGCUAAUCUAUGCAUGAAGCGUGAAAUUGGCCGGUCAAUCAUGAAAUUGAGCAAACAGGUAAAAGACGCUGGAGACGCUAGGGAUGCUAUUCUACGCAUGAAGAGUGGAAUUGUCGAGUUAAUCAAGAAAUGGAGUGAACGCCUUGAAGAUUUGCGGAAAGCAGAGCUAGAGCUUGAAACGGAGGUCCUCGAAUUUCUUCAGCCUCAUAAAGACCUUCGAGAUCUCACAAUCUCCUACUACAGCGGCAUUGAAUUUCCUUUCUGGCUGGGAGAUCCUUUGCAUCUCAACAUAGUCUCUUUGCGCUUGUGUGGCUGCCGUAACGUUGGAUCAUUACCAUCACUCGGGCUGCUAACCUCCCUGAAAGAACUGCACAUCGAAGGUCUGAAUGCUGUGUGCACGGUGGGCUCCGAAUUUUACGAAACUACAGAGCCUUUUCCAUCCUUAACUACCUUGGAGUUCAAGGAUAUGUCAUUCUGGCAGGAUUGGACUCAUUUUGGUGGCACUGAGGAAAUAGAAGUGCCGUUCCCUUGUCUUCAGCAUCUGAUGGUCCACAAUUGUCCCAUGUUGAAGGGACGAUUGCCCGGAAAACUGGAUGCCCUCGUGAGGCUUGAAAUUGAUUCAUGUCCACUUCUGCAUGCCUCACCUGCCGUUAGUCUUCUGUCUCUCCGCGAGCUAUACUUCAGAAGCUGUAACGAGGUGACUUUUAAGAGCUUGGUUAACAUGACUUCUCUAACCACUCUUGCUGUCGAAAAUGUCGAGGGGCUCACUCGCUUUCCUCGUGGGUACACAAGAGCCUUGACCAAGUUAGAGAAGUUUGAGGUAAGAAGAUGCAAAAACCUGAUACACUUGUGGCAGGACAGAGAUUAUGUUCAGAAUCUUGCUUGUCUGAAGAGCUUAGAUGUCAUAAGUUGUCGUCAGUUCGUAUCUUUUAUAGCCAGAGAAAGUGAUAGAGAGCUGCCUAGCCGCCUUGAAGCUAUGAAAUUGAGUGAUUGCUCAAGCCUAGAGAAGCUUCCAGACAAGGUGCACAAUCUGGCCUCUCUUCGUAGCUUGAUCGUUCUCAACUGUCCGAAACUCCGGUCCUUUCCAGAGACUGGUUUGCCAGCAUCUAUGACAUCAUUGACCGUCGAAAACUGCCAGAAUCUCCAGCAUUUGCCCAUAGGCACUAAGAUUGGCAAUGAGACAUCUCGUCUGAGAGAAUUGAGAAUCUACAGAUGCGAUUCACUGCCUGAAUCGCCAUUCGGCAAGGGUGGACUACCAGAGACUCUCAAGGAACUUAAGAUUCAUAACUGCAGGGAAGUGAAGUCACUGGCAGAGAUAGUUGCGGACUCGGGCCACCAACACCACGUCCAAUGGCUUGAAGAUGUAAGAAUUUUCUAUUGCGAGCAAUUGGGAAGUCUGCCCCGGAGCCUGCACAAGCUCUCCCACCUCACUCGCUUGACGAUAUUCGGUUGUCCCGCUCUGGAGCUGGAGCACUUCCCUCCGCUUCCCGCCAGCAUAUCCGAGUUCAGCCUCUGGAGUUGCCCGAAUGUAAAAUCUCUACCUGAUAAAUUGCAUCACCUCACAUCCCUCCGGAGUCUAUAUAUUGUCGAUUGCAAGAACAUCAAACGCUUUCCCAGGGGAGGGUUACCUCCCAAUAUAGAGACCUUCGAGGUGAGGGUCUGCGUAAACAUGGAGCAGCAUAUGGAAGAGUGGGGCUUGCACACACUCGCGUUGCUCCAAUCUUUAUGGAUCGACGGGAGUGUCGGCGGACUUGGAGAUAUGGUGUGCUUUCCUCCAGACAGCGAUGGCAACGACCAUGAUCUCCUCCCUUCCUCUCUCACCUAUCUUAAUCUCUCCGACAUGAGGAGCCUAGAGAGUCUAUCAAGUGGCCUCCCUUGCUCUCUCCAGCGCUUGUACACUCGUGGAUGCCGGAAGCUGAGGUGCUUGCCCAAGGCCGGCCUUCCUUCCUCGCUUGAGCAUUUGUCCAUCAGCGACUGCAAACUUCUCGAAGAGCAAUGCUUAAAGCACGCCGGCAACUAUUGGCACCUCAUCAAAGAAAUCCCGACUAUCUACAUAAACAAUGAUCUGAUCUCAUGA